UUUCUCCUCCUUCAGGCACAGAGGCAAAGAGAGAGAGAGAGCGAGAAAGAGCGAAAGGUCUACAAGAUGUUUCUGUAAAAAUCAUUAUAAACAUUUUAUUCGGAUAUUUUUUCUGCACACACAUUUUCAAUAGCAAACUUUUACAGUCAUGUCAAGAUACCACAAAGCAGCCAUUGAUGGCUAUUUGGAUCUUUUGAAAGAAGCCACAAGAAAAGAUCUGAACACUCCCGAUGAAGAUGGCAUGACACCAACCCUCUGGGCAGCUUAUCAUGGACGCGUGGAGGCUCUUCAGCUCAUAUGCAGUCGAGGGGGGGAUCCAGACAAAAGUGACAUCUGGGGGAACACGCCCUUACAUCACGCCGCCGCCAACGGUCACAUGCAGAUCCUCAUCUUCUUGGUGAACUUUGGCGCUAACCUCUUCGCUCUGGACAAUGACUUCCACACGCCGAUGGACGUCGCCGCCUCUCGAGACCACAUGGACUGCGUCCGCUUCCUGGACAGUGCCGCCUCGCAGCAGACGAGUCAGAACGGCAAAAGGGUGGCACGUCUGAAGGAUCAGGCCACCAAAGACGCAGAGCGUCGGGUGAAGCUGUGCGAACGCGUGAAGAAAAAGCAUCAAGAUAAGAUGGAGAAGAUGUACCGCGCCUCCUUCUCCGAACCCAGUUUUGCCUCUUCCACGGGUACCAUAAGCAGCGUGGACAGUGAACACUUCUCCAGACUCAUUGCCGCAGAGGCCAACGGGUCUGUCAAGACAACGCUCAAGGGAACACUUCAAAGCAAGUUUGGGAAAAAAGACAAAGGAACCAUAAGCAAACAGGGGGAUGGCAACGUCAUUUUCGUCAAACAGGACAGCGGUUCCAAGGACAAGCCAGGUUUCAUUGACGUCUUCGACGAGCUUGAUGAAAUCGAUGGUGAUGAAGAUGAAGAAAGAGAUACUGACAAAAGUGACGAAGAGGGAGCCAGUCAGGUGAGCUCUAUUUUUGCGAGACCUGGUCUCGGAAAAAUGGUGUUCCGCAGAAGCUUCUCCAUGGAUAUGGAGCCGGAGGACCUUCCCAGCGGUGAUACGGAAGACCUGGGCUUCCUCAUUCGCCAGGAGGUGUUCGAGUCUGUGGUGGAAGGCGAGGUAUUUGAUGAGGAUUCCGAACUUCCUUGGAACGAAGAGGAGAUCGGUCUGGAUGAGGAAGAUGAGACCUCGAACUUGGAUUCAUUCUUGGCUUCUAUCAGCCUGGUGGACUUUGCUCCCGUCUUCACCCGUGAGCAGCUGGAUCUGGAAGCUCUGAUGCUCUGCUCAGAUGAUGAUCUUAAGAGCAUCCGCAUCCAGCUGGGGCCACGCAAAAAGAUUUUGGAGGCGGCAGCUCGCAGAAAGGCCGUCCUGAAGCAGAGUGGUGUUUUAAAGGAUACCUUCCUUUAACAUGUGAUUCGGCUGUACACAGACAUUUACGGUUCUCUCCGUUGUGAUUCCUUUUAGUUAUAGGCUGUCGUUAUCUCUGCUUUUAGCUAUUUGUGAUUUCAACAAAAAUUUACAAAAUAAUACACCAGUUAAAAUCUCAUUCAUGUACUUGUAAGUAUAACAAGGGGUUUGAUUUCAUGUAUAGCUGUUUCAUAAUCAUGGCUUGUAUUUAAAGGACAUUUUCACUUUUGCUGUUGAACUCAUCUUUGAAAUAAAAGUAAUUUAUACUCUA